UUCCGUCGCGCAGUCCGGCUCUGGUUGGACUCGAAACCACCUCGUUUCCGUCCUUCGCCCAGCCAAUCGAUAAAAGGUGAUUCGCCCGCCCGCAGACUGGAUCCUCACCAAACGCAGACGUAGCCUCGCUCGCCGCCUCACGAGACAACUUCAACGCAGAUCACGCACACGUACGAGUUCGAGGAGCAGCAAAGAACAAGCAAUGGCGCACGACGCGUCGGCGACUUCCCUGAAGCGCAAGCAUCCCGACAGCGACAGCUCGUCUCCGACCGGCAUGUGCCCCAGCGGCUGCGGCUUCUUCGGCGCCGCCGCCACCGGCAACAUGUGCUCCAAGUGCUACAAGGAGAAAGCCGUCCCCGCCUCUGAAACCACGGCGGCUCAGGCGAGCGUCUUCGUCCCUGCAUCUCCCACCGCGCCGCCGGAGAAGAAGGCCAAGACGAUCGUCUCCGUCGCGUCCUCUGACGGUGCCGUGGCGUCCAUGAAGCAGCCGACACCGGCGACGACGAACCGGUGCGCGGCAUGCCGCAAGAAGGUGGGCAUGCUGGGGUUCCGCUGCCGCUGCGAGGGUACCUUCUGCAGCGUCCACCGCUACUCCGACAAGCACGAAUGCGGCUUCGACUACAAGACGGCUGCCAGGGAGAAGAUUGCCAAGAACAACCCAACGGUCGUUGCCGACAAGAUAGCCACGAGGAUCUGA